AUGUCUAGAAUUAUCAAAUCACUUUUACCUAAACCACCGCGGGACUUGACUGGUGAUAUUGUUUUGAUAACAGGUGCGACCUCACCUCUGGGCAGGUGUCUGGCCACGGAAUUUGUAAGAGUCGGGUGUACGAUUGUCUGCGUUGACCAUGACCUCGAGCUGGUGAGAACUACGGCCUGCGAGCUGGAAGCCAACUACCCGGCGAUCCAGAGUCUUAGCCCGGAGCACAGGAAACAGGAUGUCGUCGAGUUCAAGGGCAGGGUCUUCGCCUACGCCUGCGAUCUUUGGGACCGAAACUCAAUUCGUAACGUUGCUCAGAAAGUUAGAGAAGAAAUAGGACCACUUGACAUACUUGUUACAUGCGCAGGUGACUCUAAUCAAAAUAUUCUCGACACUAAGGCCCAUAUCGUGGGAAUGACACCUACAGCUUCUACAGACGACGCUUAUUUGGGCACUCGAGCUGCGAUUACUGGCUUGAUGGAAAGUUUGGGUCACGAGUUCGGAAGCAGAUGCGGAAAUUUAAAUUUCAUGACCGUCGCACCAAAGGCUGAUCCAAGAUUAAUUAGACAGAGCGAGGAGAAGGUUGCGUAUGACGUGGUUCAAGCGGUGCGUAGAGAUCAAUGUUGUCUGUCAGCUACCUGGUGCUCGGCAACGCUCUAUCGCGUCAGUUGUGCAAUCCACAAAAUAAUCACAAUUGUCACGCGAUUUAUUUAUACCCACGGAUGUGACGACCUCUAA